AUUCCCCAUUCAUCAAAACAACAGCCGGGUAGUCUACGUUCUGCUCUCUAUCGAACUUGUCCCCGUUGAUCACAUCUGUUGUUUGGAGCAAGUUCGCAAGACUUCGUCAACGGUGACACUCGUCCUUGUGUUCAUCAAGACAAUCGGCUCCGUUUUGCCAAUGCAUCUAUCUCUCGACUUGACUUUCCAUGAAUCGUAAGUGAUUGUUAUAUAAUGACCAUCAAACCUCUUCAUUCUGCUUCAUUCAGGUUCUACUUCAAGUCACAAGAAUCAAACUCACUCCACCUCUCAAUCAAGCUCGCUCAAACUCUCAAUCAAAUUUACUGGUCUAAUCUACACUUAACAUAAAGUCAUGUCGUCCAUCACCAUCUACGGCAACCUCACUUUGGCGGGGAACUCUUCUAUCGCCACUAUCCGUUCUAGCCGAAGGCGCGGAGCAGCAGCUCAAAAUCUCACUCGGCCCAGAAGUAACACCCGUCAGCACAGUCAACCAGCAGUAGAUGACCUCGCGAUGGAAAACUUGGAAAUCAGAGAUGUGCCAAUUGAUGAUGCGGUGAUCAAUGAUAUCCCCAUAGAAAAUCAGGCCAUAAAUCACCAACAGGCAAUGGAACAACCUCACCCUGUGGAAGUGGUGGAAGCUCCACGUCUUCAACAAGAUCCGCUGGUACCUGCAGCUCGACCUGCAAGAAGGAAUAGGAAUGCUUUGCUCCGCCCACGUCGAUCAUCAAGAAUCGCCCGGCGUACUAAUCUCAGGAGACUUAUGUACCGGCGAAGACGUCCACUCCCGUCAGCCCAAGAUCGCAGCUUCUGGACCAAGAUCUGGACCUUACCGGCGAAUCUUCUCAUAUAUCUCUCACCUGAAUGGGAGCCGAUUUGGUGCACUCGAGAUGUUCUUCGACAAAUCGUCUGGCACUUCAAGCCGAAUUUGCACAUCCCGUGUCGCACGCUGAAAGCAAAGUUGGUCGACCAAUUCCAAACUCAUGUCGUUUACCAGUACGGCGCCUACUAUGGAAUCUAAGGAAAAAUUUUGUCAAAAUAUCUUCUUUUCAGUUUUCAUUUCCCUUCUAUCAUACAUAGAUUCUAGACAAACAAUGACCGUACUCUAUCAUGCAUGUAAAUAUUUUGGCUCAAUCAAAGAAUCUCCUUUACGAUUUUUAUUUCCCCUCAUCUCAUUCAUGUAUAUAUUCUGCCUCCACCAACUAUACUUUCCUAGAAAAUAGUUCUCACUAGAAAUUUUUGAACAGAA